AUGUCAGCCCUAGACCUCGGAGACCAGGUGCUGGACCGGACCACGCCGCCCUCCCCCGUGAUGACCCCCUCCCGCCCCAGCGCCGGGGGUACCAAGCUGCGAGAUAGCUGCCACGCGUGUGCCACAUCCAAGAUCAAAUGCCCCAAGGAGAAGCCGGCAUGCUCCAAGUGUGAGGCACGAGGCAUCAAGUGCCAAUACUUUUUUGCAAAGCGCCCGGGGCGGAGGCGCGAGAACAGCACCGGUGGUCAUCCAAACGGCUCUACCGGCAAAGAUAACACCAACUUCCACAUCUCCUCAUCCAACUUCAAGCCUAGCACCCGAGAUGGGGACACAAUCGAAAUCACAGAAUGUUCUCCCGGGGCUGCCGCAGCUCCCCCCAUCGGUUUACCGGAGACCAUCAGCUUUCCCGAUACACCUCCAAACUUCACGAUUUCGAUUUCUCCCAUGACAGAUACUCCUCUUGGAACGUUCUCAUCAAACCUCUUUUCCGUGAUUGGGGACUCGGGUCUGUUCGCAAAUUUACCAGAUUUUGAUCCUGACAUCGACGACAUGGAUUUCGUUAUUGCGGAUCCCUUGAAUUUUGAACGUCCUCUCGUAGACGGUGAAACCGCUACCCGACCCCCAAAUGACAUUGGUUCACUUCUCAUGCCGGACGAGAGCGUGGAUUUUAGCCUUGGCACGUCGGAAAUCGAUGAGCUCGCCAGUGCAUUUUUUACGGGAUCCUCAGGGGCAUCCUCGCUUACCUCUAGUAGCGUUCAAACGCCGUCCAUUGCAAGGUCGAGUGCGGUACGUGCCACUACCGCCACCAACUCGCCAUGUGGCUGCGUGGCACAGGCACUUGAUCUUUUAAAAACGCUUUCUUCGACUCACUCCAAGUUCGCCGGCACGGAUCUGGCGUCCUCGUGGUCAAACGUCAACGAUUCGGGCAUUGUCGAGAGUGUACUGUCCGAGAACAAAAACCAUAUCGAGACAGUAACCAGCAUGCUUUCAUGCAUUUCAUGCAUUGAGAAUGCCUUCCUACUUGCUAUCAUCUCCAUGAUCGGGCUCAAAAUUUUGGAGCGAUACGCCAGUGAGGCACGAAUACAAAGUUCUGGCUCAAGAGCGGGCAGCGUGGAGCCUGACACGGGACUGAGGUCAGCCAGCAGCAUUAUAUCGAGCAGCAGCAUGGACCAUUAUAUUAGGGCGCUGGGCCGUACAUAUAACAAAGACAGCGCUGCCAAUGGUCGCAUACCCGCCCAACUUGUACUCAGCGAACUGCACCGCGUGCAACGACUGGUGAAUCAGCUAUCAUCAAAACUUAUAGGUCCUAGAGGGAAUGGCCGUGGCCUGGGUCAAGAAUGUUCAGACCGCCACAGCGGAGCAGAAGAUAAUGACAGGGCGGUAGCAACGUUCUUUUCUUCUAGUACGUUAGCUCAGAUGGAGAGCGACUUGCGCAAAAGCCUUAGUUCGUUGUCCGCGGAUAUCAUCAACCGAUUGCGACAAAAUUAA